AUGGAAGUUCUCGAUGCGAAAGGUCUCUCUGAGCGCUUGAGAUGGGAGGACAACGAGUAUUGGUUGCACCUCGAGGCGGAGACUCCGUUCGAGAAAUAUCCCGCAAAACAACAUGCGCGGAGAGUGCAAGAGAAACUGGGUGUUGAAGAAGGCUUGAUAUACCUCCCAGGUCAGCCAGCGAGGAAUAAUGAGGAUAGCGACAUGCCAGCACCCUUCCGACAACGCCGAUACUUUUACUACUUGAGCGGAUGUAAUGAGCCUGACUGCCAUCUGACGUACGACACGCGACGCGAUGAACUCUGUUUGUUCAUCCCACGCAUCAAGCCUGAGCGCGUUAUCUGGAAUGGCCGUGGCUCUACGCUUGCCGAGGCGCUUGUGAAGUACGAUGUUGAUCAAGUAUUUUACGCAGAUGAGCUUGAAUACGCCGUCCAAGGAUGGGCGAUCGGUAACCGACAGGCUAGUAUCUACACUAUGCACCAGUCAUCGCAAUUCCCAGGUUGCGAAAACCUGAAGCCUCGCAUCGACUCGACAGCCCUUCAGCCAGCCAUGAACAUAUGUCGUAUGAUCAAGGAUGAUCACGAGAUCAAGCUCAUUCGGAAGGCGAAUGAUAUCAGCUCGCAAGCGCACCGAGAAGUGCUCGCUAACAUCGCAAAAUUCAAGAACGAAGCACAAGUUGAGGGUCUGUUCAUGGAUGUGUGCAUAUCGCAUCAAGCAAAGCAACAGGCUUAUGAUCCCAUCGCUGCUUCUGGGCCAAACGCUGGAACUCUCCAUUAUGACGCGAACAAUGAAGAUCUCGCAGGUCGACAACUCAUGUGUUUAGACGCAGGAUGCGAGUACGAACUAUAUGCAAGUGACAUUACACGCAGUUUCCCGUUGUCCGCUUCUUGGCCGAGCAAAGAGGCAGAGAACAUCUAUAAGCUGGUCCAACGUAUGCAAGAGACAUGUAUCAAACGGUUAGAACCUGGUGUGAGAUAUCUGGAUCUGCACAUCAUGGCACACCAGAUCGCUAUCGAUGGCCUAUUGCAGCUGGGCAUUCUCCAUAACGGAACGAAGGAAGAGAUCUACAAAGCUGGUACAAGUAGAGCAUUCUUUCCGCACGGGCUGGGACAUCACAUUGGCCUCGAGGUGCAUGACGUGGGUCAGGCGCAGCUGAUGAGUGUAAGGAGAGGGAAGCCAGUGUACCAGCAGGCACCGUCUCUUUACCCGCAAAAUUUCCAUAUACCAGUAUAUGACCCCGAGACCUGCCGCGCGCCGUCUGAUCCGCAAAGCAGCCACCUCGAAGAGGGCAUGGUUGUUACAGUCGAGCCUGGCAUUUAUUUCUCCGUCUACGCUUUGCAACAUUUCUACCUUCCAUCACCUAUCCACCGCAACUUUAUUAAUGUGGAAGUGCUGGAGCGGUAUAUGCCCGUCGGCGGUGUUCGCAUCGAAGACGACAUCCUCAUUACCUCUUGUGGGUACGAAAACCUGACAAAGGCCCCAAAGGGUGACGCGAUGCUUGAAAUCAUCCGACACGGGAAGAGUGGUACUAUAGAUCUACCAGCUCCAAACCUCGCUCCGCAACGAAGAUUGAGUGGCCACGUAGAGCAACCUAUGCGCCGCGCUCCUGGGAUCUCGAAGAAGACGCCAUCGCAACACCUGCAGAAGCCGCUUGCUAGAGCCACGACUCUACCUGCAGACUUCAAGCAGCAGCACGAUAUGCACGUUGAGUCUUUCGCAGGCCCUUCGAUCCUUGCGAAUUUCUCACACUCGAUGAGUACGGAAGAGAAAAUCCAGCAAUGGCAGCGCAAACGCAACUCAGGAGAGACGGUGUCAUGCCCUUCAACAAACACGAAGAAGCUGCAGCCGGUUUGCGGCGAGAUAAGCUCGAAUGUCCAGCAUGUUUACAUGGGCAACGCCUCUAGCCUAACUUCCUCAUCGCGACCGAGUCGGGAGUUCGAAAGCACACCUAUGUGCAAGAACUGUGCAAUACUCGUCCAAACGCUAGAUCGGCUGCGUCAAAAUCUUACAAACUCUACUCACCGCUUUCCAGAGCCUGAGGCGAAGCAUAUUGUAAAACCUGAUCUGGGAACAAAACACACCACACUAUCGUAUGAUGAGGUCCCAUCCGCGGCACCACAGAUUGAUGAGUUGUCCGUCGACCCAGCGAGACAAGAGAAGUCCAUCGGAUUCGACGUUGUGACACCGCUCCUCUCUCAUGUAAAGUUCAAGCUCAGGUGCCGAGCGGCCAGGUUCCUCGACCACAUGCUCAACGCGAACAGUCAGCGAACAAUGCAAACCCUGACUCGUGGCGCCACCAAACUCUCACAGCUACCACACUCCCCACGUCGGCCAAAGGCUGUGAUUCCAAAAGGCUACCCAAGACUCUCCCGUCUGCGGAACCUCUAG